CACACAGUGUGUCACUCCGUGGCCACGCGCCGGCGGGAGGGCUCGCGCGCGCGCGCACAUACAGAGCGAACGCUGUGCACUGUCUGCUCCCCGGGGGCGGGGGAGGGGGGCGUCGUUGUCUCCCUCCCCGCCGUCUGCAGGGUCCCAGACGGGGUGACGCUUUCGGGACCGGGCUCUGGGCAGGGGGAGGGGAGAGGAGAAGCGGGCGGUGACGGCGCGGGGCAUGCUGGGCGCUGUAGUUUCCCGCCGUUUCGCGGCCGCUGGCUGCCCGCUUGGGAGGACUCCGUUCCCCAGGAUGCUCCGAGCCGGCGGAGGUCACGUGUCCGCGGCUGGGGCAAGGGCCGGGCAUAAGAGCCGGCGGCCAUUUUGUGAGAGAAGCAGUCACCGCUGCCCGCCACCCCGGUUUGUUUCCCCUCCUCCCCGAGCCAGUGAGACGUGACCCGGGCACACCCAGCCGCGGCCUUCUCCCCUGCUCAGCGCCCCGCCACUGAAUCGCAUGUCCACUAUCCAGAACCUCCAAUCCUUCGACCCCUUUGCUGAUGCAACUAAGGGUGACGACUUACUCCCGGCAGGGACUGAGGAUUACAUUCAUAUAAGGAUCCAGCAACGAAACGGCAGGAAGACAUUAACUACUGUUCAGGGAAUUGCAGAUGACUAUGACAAAAAAAAACUUGUGAAAGCCUUCAAAAAGAAAUUUGCUUGUAAUGGUACUGUGAUUGAGCAUCCUGAGUACGGUGAAGUUAUCCAGCUUCAAGGUGACCAAAGAAAGAACAUUUGCCAAUUCCUCUUGGAGGUUGGCAUUGUCAAGGAGGAACAGCUGAAAGUUCAUGGUUUUUAAAAUGUGUGUAAUCGCAUGAGGAAAUCUGCAGUUUGUGUUCACACUCAAGUUAGCUAAACUGUGAAAUAUGAGUCUUUGCAGUAAAUGGACUUCCCACUUACCUAAGCGUUUAAAGUUUUAUUCACAUUUGCAUGAUUACAGAAAACAUGUGGUGUAUAGACUAGAAACACAGAAAAAAAUUGCAGUAAGAUGGUAAUAAAGACCUUUGUGAAUUUUAACACAUUUCCAAUGGAAAUGUUUUAGUGUUGAUUGUUGAGUUUAUUACUUUUCACCUGACUUAAAUGUUUUUGUUGUAUUAAAAUCAUGUGUGUUGCAGCUUAAAAA